AUGGAUUUUCCAGCAGAGGGUAAAGUGACUCUGAUUUGCUCUGUGACAUCAUCAUCAUCAUCUGGUUGGAAAUUCUUCUGGUACAAAGGAGAGAAAACCUCUGAACCUCUGACCAAACAAGAUGCUGUUCUCCUCUCAUCUGGACAAAUCACCGUCUCAAGAGGAGGAGUCUACUGGUGCAGAGGAGGAAGAGGAGAGCCACUUUACUACACAGACUACAGCCACUCAGUCGUCACUAACAGGGCUGUUGUGUCCCUGCAACCCAACUGGCCUGAGAUAUACUCUGGAGAGACGAUCACACUUACAUGUGAAAUUGAGGACGGAGGAGACACUGAGUGGGAGUAUGAAUGGAGAACAAGCAGCUCAACCACACCUCCAAAAAGAAGAGAGUACACAUUUAAACCAUCACGCAGUGAAGACUACGGCUGUAAAGGUCUAAUAAAAGGUGGAGAGUCUUCAACAAAGCUGAGUGAUGUUUUCACAUUGACACCAUCUUCCAAUAAACCUGAACCUGUCCUCACUGUGUCUCCAUCAUGGCUGAGUCCUGGAGACUCAGUGACUCUGAACUGCAGAGUUAAACAUCCAUCAGCAGGAUGGAGGUUCUCCUGGUAUAAGGCUGUUCCCAAACCAUCAGACAACUCCUACAGCUAUGAGCUGCUACCUGACAGCACCACUGGGACUGAACAGGAUUCUUACAUCGUUCAUGGACAAACACACACAGCAGGAUAUGUGUGCAGAGCUGGAAGAGGAGAUCCAGUUUAUCACACUGAUUACAGUAAACCUCAGUUUGUCUGGUCUGGAGAUUUUGGUUCCUCAGCGUCUCUCACAGUGAGUCCUGACAGAGUGCAACACUUCACCUCUGACUCUGUGUCACUGAGCUGUGAGGGAAACUCUACUGAGUGGAGAGUGAGGAGGUUUACUGAUGGCUACCUGUCAGACUGCUCCAUCUGGGGGACAAUGACUGGACCCACAUGCAAAGUGGAUAAAUCCUGGCUAAGUGGAGUGUACUGGUGUGAAUCUGGAACAGGAGAGUUCAGCAAUGCCGUCAACAUCACCAUUGAGUACGGUCAUAUCAUCCUGCUGAGUCCUGUCCGUCCUGUGACUGAAGGACGUUCUGUCACUCUCGGCUGCAAGCUGAAGACACAAAAUGAUAUUUAUAAUGUGGUUUUCUAUAAAAAUGGCAAAAUCAUCCAAAAUGACACCAGAGGAGAGCUGAUUAUCUCUGCAGUGUCAAAGUCUGAUGAAGGCUUUUAUAAAUGUAAAGGAGAUAAUUCACCACAAGGCUGGAGUGUGACGUCACCAGAGAGCUGGAUGUCAGUAAAAUUAGCGUCCAGGCCUGAAAACAACCUUCCAUUACUUGUGGUGUUGGUUGUUGGGCUGGUUGGUGGAGAUUUACUGAUUAUUCUCCUGCUGCUGUUUCUGUUGCUGUGUUGCUACAGAAAGUCAAAAGACUCCUGCUUUAACAGCAGGUCUCAGAGAUCCAAUCAGAGCCCUGCUACAGACCAGGAAGGAUCUCACUACGCUUCACUUUCACAUGGUGAUCUUUGCCUCUAUGACACAAUCAGAAGACCUGAAGAACCUGAAAAAGCUCUUAAUAUGCUCUUCUACUGUAGACAUGCUCAAGGCGUUUUGCUGACCAUUGAGCCAAACUGGUCCACGGUAUUUACCGGAGAGUCUGUUACCUUUAUGUGUGACACGAGCGAAGAAAAAGGUGACAACUGGUAUUACAAAAUCAAUAGGGGUGAUCAAGAAGUUAUUGGCUACAACAAAAAGGAGAAUCAUACAGAACAACUUCAAACUAUGGGCUUUAGCGGUGAAUACCAGUGCAGUGCUCACAUCAGGGGCUCCAUAAAAGGAAGUAAUAAAGUCUCUCUAACUGCAUCAGACAAAGAUGUGAUCCUGGAAACUCCUGCAUCCGCUCUGUUUGAUGGACAAUCAGUGAUUCUGCGAUGUCGGCAUCGUGACCCAACAAAGAAUAAGAACGCUGUUUUCUACAAAGACGGAUCUGCUGUUGAAAUGGACACAAACCUUCAGUCACAGAUGAUGAAAAACACAGUUCAAGUGAUAUCAGACAGGAGCUCAAUUUACAUGUGUAAAUUUGGGGAUGAAGAAUCUGAACCGAUAAAACUGACAACGGAACCACAACCAAAGGCCAAACUGAGACAAAACUUUCCAGCAGAGGGUAAUGUGACUCUGAUCUGCUCUGUGGCAACAUCAUCAUCAUCUGGUUGGAAAUUCUUCUGGUACAAAGGAGAGAAAACCUCUGAACCUCUGACCAAACAAGAUGCUGUUCUCCUCUCAUCUGGACAAAUCACCGUCUCAAGAGGAGGAGUCUACUGGUGCAGAGGAGGAAGAGGAGAGCCACUUUACUACACAGAGUACAGCCACUCAGUCGUCACUAACAGGGCUGUUGUGUCCCUGCAACCCAACUGGCCUGAGAUAUACUCUGGAGAGACGAUCACACUUACAUGUGAAAUUGAGUACGGAGGAGUCACUGAGUGGGAGUAUGAAUGGAGAACACGCAGCUCAACCACACCUCAACAAAGAAGAGAAUACACAAUUAAACCAUCACACAGUGAAGACUUCUGGUGUAUGGGCAGACCAAAAGGUGGAAAAUCUGGAACAGUGUGGAGUGAUGUUUUCACAUCGACACCAUCUUCCAAUAAACCUGAACCUGUCCUCACUGUGUCUCCAUCAUGGCUGAGUCCUGGAGACUUAGUGACUCUGAACUGCAGUGUUAAACAUCCAUCAGCAGGAUGGAGGUUCUCCUGGUAUAAGGCUGUUCCCAAACCAUCAGACAACUCCUACAGCUAUGAGCUGCUACCUGACAGCACCACUGGGACUGAACAGGAUUCUUACAUCGUUCAUGGACAAACACACACAGCAGGAUAUGUGUGCAGAGCUGGAAGAGGAGAUCCAGUCGAUUACACUUAUUACAGUGAAGCUAAGUUUGUCUGGUCUGGAGAUUUUCAUUCCUCAGCGUCUCUCACAGUGAGUCCUGACAGAGUGCAACACUUCACCUCUGACUCUGUGUCACUGAGCUGUGAGGGAAACUCUACUGAGUGGAGAGUGAGGAGGUUUACUGAUGGCUACCUGUCAGACUGCUCCACCUGGGGGACAAUGACUGGAUCAACAUGCAAAAUGGAUAAAUACCUGCGUAGUGGGGUGUACUGGUGUGAAUCUGAAACAGGACAGUUCAGCAAUGCGGUCAACAUAACCAAUGAGUAUGAUAAUAUCAUCCUGCUGAGUCCUGUCCUUCCUGUGACUGAAGGACGUUCUGUCACUCUCGGCUGCAAGCUGAAGACACAAAAUGAUAUUUAUAAUGUGGUUUUCUAUAAAAAUGGCAAAAUCAUCCAAAAUGACACCAGAGGAGAGCUGAUUAUCUCUGCAGCGUCAAAGUCUGAUGAGGGCUUUUAUAAAUGUAAAGGAGAUAAUUUACCACAAGCUCGGUGGAGUCGGAUAUCACCAGAGAGCUGGAUAUCAAUAAAGUUAUCUGAGUGGACAAAACCAAUCAAACGGGUGACAGCAUAGAAAAACUACAUCCUUGUUUCAGCAGUAUUUGCAUCUUUUUUGUAAUAACUAUUUCAGCACCCAUUAGAAUUAGCAUUUAUUUUAUUUUGGAAAAACAAAUGUUACUCAUUUAUUACAUCUACUGUUAUCAGACAUUUUUCUUUGUCUUUUUAAAAAAGGCUUGAUAGAAAUUGUUUGUAGUAUAGUUUCACCUGGAUGUAAUAUGUUUUGUUAUGUUUUGACUAUUUUAAGCAUCAAUAAAACACUAAGCUAUGCUAAAUCAGCAGUGUUUAUUAUUUGCCAUUUCUAGCCCAAAAAAUGUAAACAAUUGCAAAGAAAGCUAUAUAUAUGACGAGAUAUUGCUAUAAGUGUAACUGUUUAACAUUAUGGCAUGGACACCAGAGACGGGCAACAGACUUUUUCACAUUUCCACAUCUUACAUGCAUUACAAUAAUAAGACUCACUCUGAACACUCUGAAAAUUAGUGAAUUUUUAAAAUACUUACUGUGUCCUAAAGCUACAUUUUUAACCUUCUCCAUGAUGUGUUGCUUUAACACAGCUUAGAAAGUUUUAUAUGUCAGUAUUCAUGUCCGUCCAUAUCUACACACAGUAAAAUCUAAUGGAUCAGGAACAAGUGAGAGGAAUGUAAAUAUGACAUUACUGAAAGGGUAGUUUGGAUUACCUUCAGUAGAUGGUGGUCAGCACGGCCCAGGUUGCAGAAACAGGCUGACACGGAAGCUAAUCAAUGUAGUGCUGCAGCUAAAAAAAGAAGUACCACCAUCAGUUAAAGUGUACGCUAUAGUUAGAAUAUUUACACUGCUUUAUCUUGCCAUCAAACAGCCCAUUCUGACAGGAAACUGAGGCCAUUCAUGCUCUCUUUAAAAACACUCUUUGACAGAUUUGACUUCACAGACUGCAGCAGUUGGUGGU